UAGGGUUUCACCAUGUUGGCCAGGAUGGUCUUGAACUCCUGACCUUGUGAUCCACCCACCUCAGCCUCCCAAAGUGCUGGGAUUACAGGCGUGAGCCACCACUAUACUUUAUAAUCUUUUACAGUUAAUCUCACAUACCUUUGUUGGGUCUUUCCAAAAUAUUAAACAUAGACUUUUAAAGAAACAAUUUUCACACUCUUUCAUUGGUUUAUACAAUAUAAAGUUACGAGAGCACAAUAUCAAGUACAACUGGCAAAAACAGGUUUGCAAACAAACACAAGUAAGUCGUAAGAUUGAACGAGUCAAUUGAUAGGACCAGAAAUAGGCAGAUUUACUAGAUAACAGUUUCCUAGCAUGAUAUGGGAAUUAGUCACUUAUGACUUACAAAGGAAACAGAGUGAGUUAACUGGUUAGAGGUUAUGUGUAGACAGGCUAAGACAUCAGCUACUGUACCUCUCCAUUUUAAUUGACUAUGUGUCUUUCUACCUAGAGUGUUUUAAGGGCAGAGAUGGUGCCUGGCUAUUAAGGGAAACUACUGAAGAACUUCCCAGACGUUUUUAUAAUGCUGUGUAAAUCUUCUCUGAAAACAAGUAUGAUUUUAAAAAACAAAACAGUCAUUUUUAAGCCAUUUACACUAAGGUUUAUGGAUCUUUCCAGAAAAGGCCAUGCAGCAGAUGCAAAUUUCCUUGCUAAAAGCUUCUGUUCAUUUCCUAGGGCUACCAUAACAAAUUAGCACUAACUGGGUGACUAAAAACAACAAAAACUUGCUCUCUCACAGUUAUAGAGGCCAGAUAAUGAAACUGAGGUGUUGACAGCACUUACCUCUUCUGUUCACUGACCUCUUCUGUUGUCUAGUGACUUCAGGUGUUCUUUGCCUAGGGGCUAAGUGACUUGGAGCUCCAUGCCUCCAUUGUCAAAUGGUCUUCUAUGUGGGUCUGAGUCUCAGAUAGCCCUCUACCUUUCUCUUAUAAGGAUUCUUGUGUAGAAAUCAAUGAAGAUCAAUCAAAUGAGAACAAGCAAAGGCUAUUUAUUCAGGCCUUGUAAGGGAGGGAGCCAUGAUCUCCUGCAUUUUAGCAGAGCCAAAGGCAGGCAGAGGAGUGGGCAUGCCCUGAUUAGAGGCUCUCAGCAUGAGGAAGCUGAAGGCAGUCCAACUAGAAGUGGAGCAUUCUAUGGCUUCUUCUUGUUAGUCUCAACUUGGAAAUGGGGACAAAAGUUAGGGAAGAUGCCAGUUAUUAAUCCAGUACUGGUCAUUUGGGCCAAUUGUUAUAGUUUGUCUCAUAGGAUUGUUGUUAGUGAUAAUGAUAUGACUUUCUACAAGUCUAAUUUAUAGAUUUCCUGGACUGGUUACUGUAGAUAAUAGAUUGGUCUCCUGGGUUGCUUGCUGCAGGCUGUGGGUCAGAGUUCUGUUUUUACAUAUGGUCUGGCCAUUGUCUAUUUGCAUAUUCAGUCACCUACCCUAAAGCCAGGAUGAUCUCAUCUCAAGAUCUUUAACCCAGUUAUAUCUGCAAAACUCCUUUUUUCAAAAUAAGGUCACAUUUGCAAGUUCUGGGAGUUAGGACAUGGAUAUAUCUUUGGAUGUGCAUGAGGGCACCAUUUAACCCACUAUAAAGUUCCUCUUGGUUUAGAAAUCAUGUUUACUUGUUUAGAGGGGGAGGAAAAAAAGACCUUGCCUCUUGCCUCUCUGAAUGAGACAAGCAGGUAGGUUAUAACUGGAUUUCACCAAAGGUCUAUAUAACUUCUGUCCCAGAGGUAGAAAUCUUUUCGAAACAGUUGCCUAGACAUCCUUUAAAGCUUGGAUUUGAGCUGCAGACCAACUCCUUUAUGUCUGCACUCCAAAACAAGAGAUGUUUUGGUAGUCCAGUACUGUCUAUACAUUCAGCAAAGCCCCUCCUUUGGUAGAAACCUAGAAGCAGUGUGGAUAAUGUAUGAAUGUUGCCUAUAUUAUCUUGGAUAGGGAGGUAAGGAACAGUAUAAACCCUCUGGUUUCUUUCUUUUUCAAUGCCCUGAAACUCUCAUCUCAUUGCCUGACCAGAAAAGGAAGUAAUCCCUAGUGUCAGCAGAUUCAGCGGUAGGGGUAUAUGAUAGGUAUACAGUUUAUUUUUAAUUAUUUGAUUAAUUAUUUUUGGAUGACUCUGAUGAUGUUCUAACUUAUCUUAAAGAUGUGUUUGAAAAGACAGUCUUGUCUCUAAAAGACAGUUUCCUUAAUUUAUGCAAUUCUAAUGAAUUAUCGAUAGAUGGCAGUAAUUUGUUUUCAUUUUUCUUUUCAUUGCACAAUAGAAAUCUGGAAAAAAAACCAAAACGUUUCCAAUUUUACAGCAUGAAUUUUAUGAAUAGUUGGUUUAAGUAAAUAUUAUCCAAGAGUUCUUCAAUUUAUGUUGCUAUAGAAAUAGAGAUCAAGAAGUACUAGUUACUUUAUUUUUAUUGUAUAAAUCAAAUUUUCUUUAUUCUUUAGGUUACUUUAUCAAAUACUUUAAGGAAUACAAAAAUGAACAAAACUCUGUAUUUGCCUUCCUGGUGCUUACAAUCUAAUGGGAAAAGAUACUAUAAAAUAAUGAAAAUAAUAAAAAUAAAAAUCUGUUGAGUAUUCAUUGUGGGACAGGAAUCUGCUAAAUGCUUUACAUGCAUUAUUUCAUUUAGUCUUCACAAUCACCCUAAUGAAGCAGGCACUAAUAUCGUUUCCAUUUUAUAAGUAAGGAGUCUGUGGCCCAGGUUGGAAAUAAUUUUCCUAAUAAGUUAAUAAGUAGUGUAAUCUAGAUUCAAAACUAGCUCUGUCUUACUCUAGACCUAUACCUUUAUUUAAAAUGGCAUAGUGGAAAUACUGAAACAAUUCUUCUAAAAAGAGAAAGACCAUAUCUUCCCAGAAAGAUCAAGAAAGACCUCCUAAAGAAAAAGCCAUCUAAAUGGAAUUGAAAGAUUGGCUGUGAUGUUGACGUGAUCAGAAUAGUGCUUUUGGAGCAUUAUUCUGUUAGAAAAGGACAAAUUGGAGUGGAGAUAGACUAUAAUUAGACACCUGUUGUAUGCCAGGCACUUGUAGACCUCUGCCAUCAUGGAGCUUAUAUUAGUAGAAGGAUAUGGAGAUGUCAGUAGUGAUAGAUGCUGUCAAGAAAAAUGAGGCAAGGCAAGGAAACAGAGGGUGAAAGAGAGAGUUAUCAGGGAAGGCUUCUCUACUAAGAUAGUAUUUCGAAUUGGUAAGGAGUGAUUGGAUUCCAUUGUAAUUUAAAGGUAGAGCCAAUGGGCUUUGCCGAAAGAACUGCAUGCAGCUUGUCAUGGAAAAACAGUGAAGGUUCUGGCUCAUCUUUUGAGUAGGUCAAUCGGGGCAGCACCCUUGGAGUGUUCAGGAUUUUUCAAAGGGCCUAUGAAACGUCAACAAUAAGAUCUCCUUUAUUAUUGCCUUGGGCAAGUCUAAUUGAACUGCCUUGGGCUCUAUACCCUUGUAGAGACCUCCCUGCUAAUGAAUUCAGGGUUUUUGGCCUAAAGAACAAGAAAAAUCAACUUAUAAUUUACCGAGAUAGAGAAGAUUAUGAAGGUGCAUGUUUAGUGAUGGUAAUAGAGUGGACAGAGGAAUCGAGAGUUCAGUUUGGGACAUACUGAGUUGAAAUGUCUAUUAAAAAUCCAAAUGGAGAUAUCAGGUAGGCAAUGAGUAUGAGUCUGCAUCUCAAAAGGAAUGUUCAGGGUAGAGAUAUAAUUUGGGAAUUGUCAGCCUACAGGUGGAUUUUAAAGCCGUAGAACUAGAUGGCAUCAUAUGUAGAAUAAGUAUGAGAAAAGAAGGAAGCCUGAGGACUGAGCACUGGGAGGUGUAACAUAAGUGAAAAAGAUGAGAAAGGACCAACAAAGGAAACCAAGAAGUAUGGUGUUUCAAGAAGGCAGUAAUUAUCAAAUGUGUUAAAUGAUGUCAAUAGGUCAAGUAAAAUGAAGAUGGAACUUGUUCAUUGAAUGUGGCAAUGUGGAGCUCACAGAUACUGUGAUAAAAAUCUUAAAAGCACAGUGAUAAAUGCCUGGUUCUAGUGGGUUCAAGAAGAAAGAGGAGAGGAAGUGGAGAGCAAGGAUCUUGGCUUUAAAGGGGAGCAAAGAAAUGGGUCAGUACUGAAGGAGGUUAUGGUGUCAAGCAAGGGUGGUGGUGGUAGUGGUUGUUGAUUUAUGAUGGGCUGUUCAGAAUAAUAUGUUUGAGCAAGUAAAUAGGGAAAUUCUGUUGAGGGGCCAUUCAAAGAAGUAACGUCUGUGAGAAGGGAGUACAAAAGUAGAGGACUGGCAUUAGAUAGGAGCAAGAAAACAGUAUGCUGGUAUACAGGUGCAGGUACAAAAUCUGGUAGAUGGGUAAUUUACCAUCUUCUCUGACUUUUCUCUUCUAUCUCAGUUAAAUUAGAAGGUAAAUUAUCAACUCGAAGGGAAAAGAGGUGUGGGAGGUUUGAAGACAGAGGAUAAAGAGUGAAACAAUCAUCUACAUAACUUGGUGCAUCUUAAGAGCCUAGGAUCAAGGUCCCACUUGACAUAAAAUGGUCUUGAAUUUAAAGUGAGUCAACAGCAUAGUUGUAUGUCUUUCUUUAAGCAUAUUCAGCUACUUGAGUAUAAGCAAAGCAGCUGGUUGGGAUUCUUCCAGGGAAUUAGGACAGAGAGUGAGCUGUAAGGGAAAUGAGGGUGAAAGCAAAGGAAUCUAAGUGAAGUAAGGAGGGAAGAAUACAGGAAGGGUUGAGGGAAUGUGUAAAGAUACAAGAGUCGAUGGAUUGGAAGUCUUGCGGGGUUAAACAGCACAUACUGUCAAAAUACUAGAUGGGAUGAGCUAGAAAAAUAAACAGUAUUUUGAAUCUGAGAUUAUGGAUGAGGUACAGUUAUACUCAAUGGGUUGCUGGGGAGAAUAAAUGAAAGAAGAUCUCGAAACAACCGAGAGUUCAGGGUUUUAGAUAUACCAUUUGUGCGGAUAUUGAAAUUCCCAAGGAAAUACGAGAGAGUAGUGAUAGAGGAACAGUAAGUCAGAUGCUAUAAUCUAGGAAUGAGCCUUCCAAGACCUGGAAGACAGCUGAUAACAACAAGGAAAGAUAAAGCCUAUGUAGUCUAUGACCUGAAUUUCAAAGAAACCAGAGAGGGUUUUAGAGAGAAGAAAAGGAAAUAUGGUGGCAGUGGAAUGGAGAACAGAAAAAAAAAAUGUUUCAUCUCCAGACUUAGUGGCUUGAGAAUGAGGAAGCUGUAUCUUUGGACUUCAGUUAAAGCCAAAAGGUAAAAGGGAAGUUCACUGAAAAGGUUGACAAUAGAAAGGACUUGGCUGAAGAUGGCCCAUGAAUUUCAGAAGUCAAAGUAGAAGGAUAGAAAAGGGUUGGGGAGUGGGUAGUACAGCAUCACACUAAGGGGCUUACCAAGCUGAAUAAGGAUGGGUUCUCAUGAUGAAGAAUGACCUGGCUUCUUCUGAAGACUGAAGUUAAUAGGGAUGUAGAAUUUAGGCAGCUUAUGGAAAUUGCACUGUGAUUUGGGGGAGAGAGAAAUGGGGACUCACCAGAAAGGUAAGUUACCUAACAGGAAUGUACUGCAAGGUGAGAGCAUGAAGAACUCAUUGGAUUACCUCUUCAAGCAUGCAAAUUGUGUCGUUAGGCCAUUGGAGGCCUGUUGGAGCUGCAGCAGCUCUAUAAAUGCAGUUUACCAGAAUAGUUUCCCAAAGAAGAAAUGUAGAUGGUAGUAGUGGGAAUAGAAAGAGUAAGUUGAUUAAAGUGAUGUGUUAGCAUAAUAGGAAUACAAAAUGUAGUGGACCCUUGAACAACACGGGUUUGAACUGUGCAGGUUCACUUACCCGUAGGUAUUUUCAGCCAAACUCGGAUCAAAUAUACAGUAUAUGCAGGACUUGAAAUCCCUAUGUAAGGGGGGCCAAGUUUUCAUGUAAGUGGGUUCUGAGGCACUGACUUUGGGACUUGAAUAUGCACAGAUUUUGAUAUGAAGUGGGGAAGGGGGUGACUUGGAACCAAUCCCCUGCAUGUACUGUGGGAUGACUCUAGUUUUAUUCUGGAGUGAUAUAUGGAAGACAUAAUUCUUCGCGUAAAAAGUCAUAAUCUUGGUAGUCUAUCAUAGUCUAGCAUUAAGAGCAUGAACUUUGGAACCAAAAUACUUGAAUUCAAAUCACAUAGCUUACAUUUAAUGGCUCUCUUUGGAUAAAUUCUUAUAUCCAUUUGUGUAUCUCACUGUACUUUUUUUCGUAAAAUGAAAAUUGUAAUAAUAUCUACCUUAUAGGGUUAAAUGAGUUCCUAUUUGUAAAGUUCUUAGAAUACCAUCUGGCACAGAAUAAACACUAUAUAAUUUUUUUUUAAUCUAAAGCACUUGGAACAACAGUGACUAGCACAAAGUAAGUGUAAGUUUUUACCAUUGUAAUUAAUUGAGAGAACUGACAGUAUAUACUGAAAGUAUAAAUGUAGAGGGCAUGCAUUUUUCAAGGUAGAUAUAUUUAAGGAUGAAGUCUGUGACGGUGAAACUCAAAUGAAAAACUAGAGAGAAAAUCAGGUUUGGAUUCAUUAGCACUAAUCUGGGACAGUUCUGUGUGUUGAGCAAAAAGUAUGCAAUGUGAAUGGAGUAAAUGGCUCAGCUUCAGGGAAGACUUCAUGAAGGAGUAGGUUUGAAGUGAGAUUUGAAGGAAGUGACAUGAAGGAACAGGAAAGAAUUAUAAAUUUCAAGGAAUGGUUAUGAUAAUCUGCUAGGUAAGCCCUCACGAUUUCUUUAGCUUGGUUGUAUAUUUCUAGAUAGAUUUGAUCUCUACACAGGAAACGAUCUAACUUUGCCUGUCUUUUUUGUUGCAUAUAUAUCAGGUUUCAAUCCUUUAAAUUUUUUUAAAAACAUGUAACUAGUACAUGGAUGCUUUGUAGUUAAUUGAUCUUUAGAAAGGUAUUUAGUGAUUUAAGAAGAAAAAUACUUAUUCCUCCUAUUGUUACUCCUAAAUAAAGAGUAGAUCAAAAUUUGCUUACGGCUUACUGUGUCCAGAAUAUCACUGGACAGGAGUCCUAUAUUCCCUGGAUUCCACACCCAUAGCAGAAAUUGUUAAUCAUUAUUGAUAUCAUUUCUCACAGAUUCUGAUUAUAGUCUCAGAAUCUAUUUCCUCAUAGUGCUGGAGUUACAUACUAUUAAUACUAACCCAAAAUAAUUAUGCAGUGUAUAUUGGGUACUGUUCUAAGCCUACUACAUAUAUUACUUUAAUUAUUAGAACAGCCUUAUGAAGUUUUAAAGAUGAGGUACUGAGGAUCAAAGAAGUUAAGAAACUUACUCAAGGUCACAACAGUGGAAAAUCAGAAGAAGCAAAAUUCAAAUACAGUUCUACUUUCAUUCCAAAAUCACUUAACCAUUGUAUUCUAAUUCUUGGCACUAAUGAUGAAAUGUCAUUGACAUCCCUGUGACAUGUUUGACAAUUAAUUUACCUUUCAGGGUCACCAAUAUACAACAGGAAAAAACAAAAGUGAAAGAUUAUCAAUAUAGAUUAUUGAGUAGGAGUAAAGAAGGUAAAUCAAAAAGGGGAAAAGAGGAGAUUGCAGACACAGAAAAUGUCAGACAACAAAGAAAGGAAGAGUCAAGGAUUUCCUAAAAAAGAUAAGCAAGACACAAGUUCAUUAGCUGAUGCUGUAGAGAAAGUUGCAAAGCAACAACAAUCACAAGCGUCAGAGAUAGAAAAAAACAAAAAAGUUCUGUUCAGUUUGAAGAAUGAACUUCAUGAGCUUGAAAAACAAAUAGCAGCUAUCUCUGCAGAAACUAAAGGAACAGAAAGACAAAUUUAUCAACAAGAUGCUGCCAUACAGAAUACCAAACUUCAUUGUGAUAGCCUGGAAACUCAAAUCAAAUCCUUACAUUCAGAAAAUGUAAAGCUUAAAUUUGACAUAGAAACAGCUCAAGAAGAUUUUGAGGAACACAUGAUAAAAUAUAAUGCAUAUUAUGCAAAAAUAAAAGCACAUAAAAAUAGUUUGGGGGAAUUAGAAAGCAAAUGGUCAUUUAUGACCGAACUCCAUGAAAAACGAGAUUUUGUUAAAAAAUUAAAGACAAUGAAAGAAGAACUUAUGCAAGAUCUUCAAAAUCCAGGAGGGAACCGAAUAACACAAGUACAGGAAGACAUUACAAAGUUAAAGGAUAAAAUUUUAACUGUAAAAGAAUCUAUCAUUGAAAAAACUUGUUUUCUUGAGGAAGAAAAAAAGACACACGAAAAAUUAAGAAAAGAAAUAGAGCCUAGGCCACAGAGCAAGACCCUGUCUCAACAAAGGAAAAAGAAAAACCCAGAGAAGCAAAGGGAAAAAAGCUGAUCUGAAGGCCAAAUAAGAAUUAUUCAGGUACAACAGAAGAGAUACGACGCAAUUCUUAAGCGUUUGCAUUGUCAGGUGAACAAGCUUCAGGCAAAUAGACGACAGUGGCAAUGGAACAUUCAACAACUGGAAAAAACUGCAGCUGAAUUAAGAA